ACUGUUUGACGCGUGCGCAUCCCCGCAUUUUUUACCCCCGCCAAAGUACUCUUCUGGCUAUAUAUGAUGUAGAUAGAUUGCAGAUUAUUGCUUUCGUCUGAGCUCAUGGUAAUAGCAGCCCUUGGACAUUGUAUCACUCACAUUGGACGAUCACGUUGUAUCACGAAUUCAGAUAUUAACAGUGUGAGAAGUUGAAACAAAGAUUCUACUAUGGCGGAAUCUUUAGAACAGAUGCCAAAAUCCGACACUAUAAGACUUCGGGAACGUUACAUCGGACAAUCGUGCAAGCUGUUUUACAAAUCAAAUCCAUUGAAAAUCGUCAAGGCUGAAGGACAAUACAUGUACGAUGAGAAGGGUAAUCGAUAUUUGGACUGCAUAAAUAAUGUUGCGCACGUCGGUCACUGUCAUCCGAACGUCGUGCGAGCUGGACAAGAACAAAUGGCCUUAUUGUCCACGAACAAUCGUUUUCUUCAUGACAACUUGGUGAUUUGUGCCAGUCGACUGGCGUCACUUCUGCCAGAACCAUUGUCCGUUUGUUUCCUGGUGAAUUCCGGGAGUGAAGCUAACGAUCUUGCUCUUCGUCUCGCUCAGACGCAUACGAAAAACAAGGACGUCAUCACGUUGGACCACGCUUAUCAUGGACAUUUGACCACGAUAAUCGAUAUCUCACCAUACAAAUUCAACAAGCCUAACGGUACCGGCAAGAAGGACUGGGUGCAUGUGGCCCCCUGUCCGGACGUGUACCGCGGAAAAUAUCGCACCACCGAUUACGUUGAUGAGGACCUCGGUGUUAAAUACGCCGAGGACGUAAAACGGAUCUGCAAAAAUAUCAAGGCCGAGGAUCGAGGACUUUGCGCCUAUAUCGCGGAAAGUCUCUUAUCAGUCGGCGGACAGAUUUUACCGCCACCGAAUUACUUCCGAAAUGUGUACAGGCAUGUACGCGAGGCGGGAGGAGUCUGCAUCGCGGAUGAGGUCCAAGUCGGUUUCGGAAGAAUCGGCACUCACAUGUGGGCCUUCCAAUUGUACGGCGAGGAUAUUGUACCAGACAUAGUCACGCUGGGAAAGCCCAUGGGAAAUGGUCAUCCUGUUGCGGCUGUGAUUACAACGCCAGAAAUCGCACGCAGCUUUUGCGAUACAGGAAUCGAGUACUUCAACACGUACGGGGGCAAUCCCGUGUCCUGCGCAAUAGCGAACGCAGUGAUGGAGGUCAUAGAACGAGAGAGCCUUCAGGAGAACGCUUUGAAGGUCGGUAAUCAUCUGAUUGCGGAACUGAAGAAAUUGGCGAAGCGACGGAGGAUUAUCGGCGACGUGCGCGGCGCUGGACUAUUCGUGGGCAUCGAAUUAGUACGCGAUAGAGUUAAAAAAAUACCAGCAACGGCGGAGGCAAAGCACGUGGUGUCCAGGAUGAAGGACAUGAAGAUCCUUAUCAGUAGCGAUGGGCCCGACAACAAUGUUCUGAAAUUGAAACCGCCAAUGGUAUUCACGCUCGAAAACGCCAAUCAUUUUGUAUCCGUUCUCGAUGAAGUGCUCGAAGAAGUUGAUAUCGAUUUCGAUGAGGAACCGGAAGCGACCACAACUAUCAUCAAAGCAACUAUUUCAUCUAUAGAAGUUGAUAGAAGCACCAUAAUGAAUAGUGAAAAUUCACUAUUUGUACAUGCUAAUUAAUAAUAAAUAUUGUGUCACAAAUAUGUGAAUAUCAAA